UACAAUCUCUUAAAACCCUCCAAAAGUCUUGUCUACAGAAGAACACCACUUCAGGCCACAGCAAGAGCAAAACAGCGAAAGAGAAAGAUGUGUGGAAUCGCCCUGAUUGUGUCUGGGAUUCGCAUCGAUUUAUCAUCAUCCACCCUUCUCCAAUCUCUUAAUCCCGAGCCAUUAGUUACAGUUUCCAUAGAUGAUCUUAAAGCAGCUCUGCGGAGGCGAGGACCUGACAGCUUAGGCAGCAAGAAGAUUAUACUUCAGUAUAAUAAAAAUUCGAGCUCUGUUGAGGACCGAGAAUUGGUGUCCGUAGUAACUGACGACGCUGAAAUAGAAAGCGACCAGUCGUUUUUGCAGAAUUGCUCCAAUGGCAAAGCUGGUAAUUACAACCAACUAGGGAAUUCUGUUGGCGAACUGCAAUUUAUCGGUGCCACAUUGCAGCUGAGGGGACUGAAUCCUAUAAUUCAGCCAUUUGUUGACUCCUACGGGAAUGUACUAAUUUAUAACGGUGAAAUAUUUGGAGGAAUUCAUGUGGAGAGUGAUAGGAAUGAUGGUGAAGUCCUAAUGCAAACUCUAGGAAAUUGUUGCUCAUGUGGUUCCAGUGGGCACACAGGCCCUUGCUCUGCUGCUGGACAUGGGUGUAGUUCUGUUCCGAAUGUUUUUUCAACUAUCAAGGGGCCGUGGGCCAUUAUCUAUUGGCAGGAGAGUUCAAGAACCUUGUGGUUUGGUCGAGAUGCAUUUGGUAGGCGGAGCCUGGUUGUUCAUUGGCCUACUGUGAAGGAUUCUCGGUUUCUGCUAUCUUCUGUAUCGCCAUUUUCUUCUGUUGAUCAGAGUUCUGAUUUUGAAGUUGAAAAUGGAACUCACCACAAUUUUUGGGAGGAGCUUUCAUGUGGGAUAUACAGCUUAUCAAUGGAUGCUUCAAAGCUGGAUGGAUAUCUUAUUGGUGAAGUAAAAAACCAUGAAUGGGGUAAUGCCAUGCUACUGGAACUGAUUAAAUGGGAGAGAGUUUCUUUCAAUCCAAAACCCAACGAGUUACAUGGGACUCUAGAGGGACAACAUCACAUGUAUCCAGCUUCAUCAGACAUAAUGACAUUUGAAUCAGGGCCAAAUCAAACAAUGAUUUCAUUGCCUGCUCAUAAUGUGUUAAGUGCUCUAAGAAAAUCUGUGAUGCUGCGCGCUUCGCAACACAGAAUCUUCGAGGCAGGAAGAUGUUAUAGUAGACGAGAAGAACAUGUUCCAGUGGCAGUCUUGUUUUCUGGUGGGCUUGAUUCUAUGAUACUUGCUGCAUUGUUGGAUGAGUGUCUAGAUCCCAGCUAUGGGAUUGACUUACUUAAUGUGAGCUUUGAUGGUCAAUCUGCUCCUGAUAGAAUCUCUGCCAAGGCAGGACUGAAGGAACUGAGAAGAAUUGCACCACUGAGAAGGUGGAAGCUUGUAGAGAUUGAUUCAGACUUGUCGAAAUUGACCUUGGAAAUGAAGCACGUCAUGUCACUUAUUAACCCUGCAAACACGUAUAUGGACCUGAACAUAGGGGUUGCUUUGUGGUUGGCCGCAAGUGGUGAUGGUUGGGUCUCUGAAAGACCUAGCAAUAACAGUGACGAGAAUCAACAACGCCUCAGGUACAAGUCCGAGGCUAGGAUUGUCCUAGUUGGUUCGGGUGCUGAUGAGCAGUGUGCUGGUUAUGGAAGGCAUAGAACAAAAUAUAGAUGUGGCGGUUGGCAUGGGCUUAAUGAGGAAAUGAAGUUGGAUAUGCAGAGAAUAUGGAAACGAAAUAUGGGGAGAGAUGACAGAUGCAUUGCUGAUAAUGGAAAGGAGGCUAGAUUUCCUUUCUUGGAUGAAGAUGUCAUUAGGGUGCUUCUUGACAUCCCUUUGUGGGAGGUUACUAACCUGGAUCAACCUAGUGGAACAGGUGAUAAGAAGAUCCUCAGGGAGGUGGCACAAAUGCUUGGUUUACAUGAGGCAGCUGUUCUCCCUAAAAGAGCAAUCCAGUUUGGUUCAAGAAUUGCAAGGGAAUCAAAUCGAAAAAACUUUGGAAGUAAUCGUGCAGCAAACCAAGCAUCUGCAGGAAGUGUAGUGAUUAACAGGUCGUGAUAAUGUACCAUCAUACUUUGUACCUCAAACCUGGAUGACUCACCCCAGGGCAGGUCUUCCUCUCUGGCCCUUAAAUGCCGACCUGCAUUUUUCUGGAUAUGGAAUCUGGUCACACCAGAUCUGACAAUGGAUGGCGUGUUGGUGAGCCAGAAAGCAUUUUUCCAGUAUACAUAGCAGCUACCUAGCCCCAAUGGCAUCAGAUCAGAGUGCAUCAAAGUUUUAUGAACAUGUGCUGUUGAUGUUCUAAUGUAAUCUAUUUUUUAGAAGAAUGGGCCAUUGUAAUUGAUUUUCUAUUGUAUUGUUUUAGGUUUUUUUUUUGGAUAUCAUUUAUUUUCACUGGGUCAGUAAUGGGCUUCUGGAUUUUGACAAUGUAAUCGUUUACAUUAUACAUGUUUUUUUUUUUUAAAAAAUUCCAAACACACCCUUACGUUA